GGAUACGCUACCCCGCUCUGUUCAGAGUAGGUGUUAGUGUUUGGGACGUAAAUGCUUAUGUCCUAUCAUUGCUAUCGCUCCUAUGGCGUAUAGUCUUUUUAAACGUCAUAUAACAAUAUGAAGUUUUUCUUCUGCAAUGUCAAGUGACUUCAGAAGUGCGAUGAUUCAGGUAAUUGCUCAGCUCUGUGGUCAAGUUGGCUUCGAACAAAUCACGGAAGCCUCACUUGAAUUGUUAAUUAGCGUUGUGGAAGCAUAUUUCCUCUCCUUAGUUAGAAAUGUAUAUACGUUGACGGCCUCAGACGGUUAUGCACAGGUUGCAGAUGGACUUCUAGCUUUGCGUUUGAUGGGUCAAACGCCUCAAGGCUUUGCCAAGUUUGUCAUAGAGAACAGUCAGUUUUUUACUCGAGCGCCUACUAUGACAUGUGGGCCGGUUUACGGAAAAUCGUGUUUAAAUAUCCCACCUGAAGAUCACCCUGAAUUAGAAGAGCGGCCACCCUUCAUCCCUCGCCAUUUGCCGCUAAAUUAUCGCGAGGACUUUGGAAGUCAAACAUCUCAGGCAGAACCAAGCAUCAAAGAAUUUGCUUUCAAUGCUUGUUUAUCUCCUUCCUCACCUAAUACGGUAUCUACUAGUUCCAAUUGUCUUACUGGUGCAACCAGUACUGCUGUAACAACCGUUGCUCGUACACUUCCUGAAUGGGCCAACAGAUCUACAUAUCGUAUGACGUGUGUUUCAGUUGAUCCUCUAACUAAGUGCUUGGUGGAGCAUUGUCCUCCAUGGAAAGCCUCUGAUGUUUUGUCGGAGUCACCGAUUCCGGACAAUUAUGUGGGUUCGACAAAUAAUUACUUUUCAUCUAUCUCAAAAAGAGAACUUGCAUACGACUCAACACCAGAGGAUACAAAAAAUCCAUAUGUGUCUUCACCCUCACCUACAAAACAAUGUGGCGCUAGUGAUGCACAGUGGGCAGCUGCUCUACAAGCUACUCCGUCGACGCAGCAACCGAAACGAAUCGUCUAUACUCCAAGUCGUUUUGAUCCUAGUUCCACACCAUCUUGGACACAUAUUAGACGAGCAGCAAAUUCAUCACGUACACCGUUGUUUGUUAAACAGCCUAUUGGGGCAGAUUCACGGUAUAAACGACAAGCUUCCUCACUUGCUUAUUCUUCAGCUCCAAAAAUUCCAAGACUGACUACUGGACGUCGAGCAAACAGGUGUUCUAAGUUUGGUCGAGGUCGAGCAAGUAAAUUAUCAAGACAACGUGUUUCGAAAUCAAGUAGAUCAAAUUCUCCUAUCAUAGAGCAACAUUCAGAUAAUACUAAUUCAAUGGAAAAACCACUGAAUCUGACAAGUGGACAUUCCAGUUUCAAAGAAGAUAUUAUCAACACAGAACUUUCUCCGCUAGAUUCUGAUAUUUCUACAUUAUCGAAUACAAUCAAUUCGCCUAAAUCUUUGGAAGAAACAUCCGUAACCUUACCAGAGAAAGCCGCUGAUGAUAGUUCCAUGGCACCUAAAGUAGAUCCAGGAGAUGAAAAACAAACUGUAUGGAAUGGAAAAGAUUAUCCUGAUCAUGAUUCACCAUGCACUCCUCCAUUACGGAAUCCUGUAAAUAGUGAUUGCCUGAUAACAUCUGCUGUCUUAUCAUCUAGCUUAGUUACUUCACCGAAACAACUGGAGAAUCGCAUGAAAUCUGUUGGUGUUGAACUAUCUGAAUUAAAGGUUUUGAACAUUCCGGAAAGAAGUACUUCAUCCGGAACUCAAAAUAGUGUACGACUUAAAUCACACCCAUUUCGGCGGAGAGCUCGUGGACGAAGAAGAGAUAAGUGUCGAGUUUCGACAUUUAAUAGUUUAUUUCAAAAUCCUUUGCGGAAGUGUUCAGAUCCACUUCACAUUAAGUCACAGAAUAGUUCUUUCCAGACUGUUCAAAGUCUCGAACGUAUACCUAAGGUUGAAAAUAACGUAAAUGAUCACCAAACUGUUGCAGUCGUUCCAGACAACUCUUUCCAAAGUUCUCGACCCACUCGAUCAGUACAUAAAACCGGAAGGCGUACAGGGCUAAAUGCAGACGCUUUUCACGAUUCUAUAAAAAAUGAACCUAUCACCACACAGUUUUCUUCUGAUGUAAGAAUGGAAACUAUCUGCUCCCCAGCAUCAGAUACAACUGAACCGAUGACAUUUGGUGAAAGAGCAGAACUUCUUAGAAUUCUUUGUAUAGAUAAUAAUUCUGUGAAGGACACUUCAACUACCACCUUUAAUGUAGUUCCCAAUAAUCACUUUUUGAAGUCAGAGAAUCCGGUAUUUAGCAAAGAAAGCUUUGGUAAACUGCAACAGCAUGCAUCAAUUACAUUAAGAUCGCUACCUUCUUCUCCAUCAUCCCUUGAUUCCUCCCUCUCCUCUUCUUCUACUUCAAAAUCUUCACCUGAAGAAUCACUGCUUUUAAAAUCAGAAAUGAAUGAUGUAAAAGGCUGUGAUAAUUUCGGAGAUGACAUUUCUCAAGGUGUAAAUAAGUCCUUAUUUUCAAGCUCCUGUAUUCAGAAAACUGUCAAUACAAAUCUAUCACCUGUGAAUUUUUCAGAUUCUAAAAAAACCUCUCCAGCCACUUCUUGCAAUAAUAAAAUACAUACUACUCAUACUGCCUCUCCACCAGUGGAUACGUUAGGAGUUGGACCACCACCUCUUCUUCCUUUAUCUAGUAAAUCGGUUGAUCAAAAACGAUGUUCUUCCUCUUUGUUUUCAACAUCUGCUGAAAGUGAUCACAUUGCCUCACUUCCUCCUACCUUGAUGCCUUCCAAACAGUCGGAAUUGGUGUCGACUUCCAGCAGUUGCUUCUUUACAAAUUCACAGCCUUUGUCAUCUAAGCAAAUCAGCGAUAAAAAUGGAGGAUUGCGUAUUACAAUUAAACUAGGUGGCGGGACAUUAAACGAAGAACAUCUUGCUUCAUCUCUUUCCCCUUCAUCAUCUUCUUCCUUAUCUUCAUCAGAGUCAACUUCAGGGGAUGAAGACAACUCAACAACUCAUUACAUACAGUCACAAAAUUCAACCCAGAUAUUCAAAAGGGAACCGAAUGAAAAUAGUGUUUUGAACUUAGUGGAUAAGGACAGACCAAGUAGCCAUUCUGUAUCAUUGUCUCAGUCAACAACAUUUACAGAAAAAACACCAAAGCUUGUUAUUCGCCUCGGGAAUGGUUCUAUUGCAGCAUCUCAGCCACAGACUAUUGCAACUACACAUCCUCAGUCGGUUAGUCAAAAUCUGACAAAUUAUUCAGAAAAUCCCACUUCAGUUGUUGACAAGAAGCAUUCAAGUUCUUUAAUAACCCCACCACCUCCUUUACAAUUGACUAUCUCUCGCGACAGACUAAAAUAUAGAGGCCGCACUGCUUCACAAGGUAGCGAUUCAAAUGCAUCAAAUACGAGUUCAACAAUUACAGGAAGUCUUUCAAGUAGUGAAGAAGAAGUAAUUGUUCAUCCUCACAUUAGUCCUACGGGAUCUGCGAGUUUGCCACCGCCUCCUUCUCUGGAACGCUUGCCACCUCGACCAGGUCAUGGUGGUUUCCUAACGACUAAACCUACCACUCAAAGACAUUUAGUUCAUCAUUCUCAGUUGCCACCUCCAUCCCUAACAAACAGUAUAAAGAAAUCAGACAAUAUUUUGCCUUUGAAGCACAUAGUUUCACCAGGCACAAUUAUGUCAAAUGGUCCUAAUCCUACCGCUACUCAUUGUCACCUUCCACCUCUUCUUCCACUAUUUUCGUCGGUUUCGGAACAAAAGGAGUCUAUCUCACUAUCAUCUAAGUCAAGUCCAGUUUCAACAGAACAGUCUUUACAUUGUGACAAUUCAAAAUCAACUUCACGUCUCGGUGACAGAAAAAAAAGAAGACUCACUGAUCAGGAUUCUCGUUUACCUCCAGGCAAGCGAAGAACAUUGAUCCAGUCUUAUGCAGUUCAUUCACCAGAAACUGAAUCAGUUAUUAAGAGACCACGUGCUACAGUCGAUUCCGUCUUUACAGAUGAUGACAGUGAUACUAAAAACGAAGAAAAAUCCCCUCUGUUGUCACUUACAGCUUCAUGUUCAAAUGACUCAGUUAAUAACCAGAAAUCCCUUCGUCCAUCUAACAGCGAAAAUAUGUAUAUAUCUAAUCCUCCUGCCAAUUCUUUAGCUCCCUCUCUUAAUUCUACUGUAUCUCCUUUGAAAACUCAACCACGAACAAAACAUACUGGUUUGUAUAACAAGAAGUCUUUAUAUCGUCCUGUCACCAAGUUAUCAUCUCAUACCAGUAGUACAAAAAGUUCUGCAUCACUUAAAAGUGGGAAAGUUCGUGGCCGAUCCAAACUCAUACCUGCUUCGCCAAUCAAAACCCCAUCAAGUAAUAACAUCUCUUCCAAAAUGGUUCACCGUGAAUCUGCUUCACAAAUCGUUGUUGAAUCUGCUGGCAGCUCAUAUUAUUUUAAUAAUGAUGGUGAGCAAAUAUGGUUAUGUCCUAUUUGUUUACUGGAAGAUGAUGGCAAUUUGAUGAUUGGCUGUGAUAAUUGUCAAGAUUGGUAUCAUAGGUAAGUUAAAUUAUAUAGUCAUAAUGAUUAUCUGUCAUUGAAUAGUGAAGAUUUCCACUCUUUUGGUUAUAAUGAGUAACAGGGCUACCAUACCCAUUAUUUAUACAGCGUUCACACUUUUACAGUUUUCUGUCGAAGGAGUUCCUAAAAACUCAGGAAAUUCAAUAGUUGGUUUUCAGAUAUUUCUCAGUUUCCUUUUGUGAUUACCAAUGUUUAUUUGUUAAAUUCGACCUUUAAUUUCAGAGUGAUACAGUUUCUAUAUUAUAAGUUUUCGGAACGACGGUUAGAAUAGCUCACUGAUGGUAUUUCUAUGUAAGAAUCUUUAGGAUUGCUUGAGAAGAGGUGAAAUAUGUAUAAAUUUGUAUAAAUCCACUUUUUACUCAUAUUAACUUGUUUAGUCUGAGAUUACUGCAGAUAAUGUGGAUCAUGUCAUGGAGAUAUACUCAGAACAUAAACAAUUUUUCUAGAAUGAACUUUGGUCUGGUGAUUACGUAUAUUCUACAUUGUCUCUCUCGCUAUUUAACCUCGAUAAUCUGAUUGAUUACAUGGAAAAUAUUUACUGACAUGAUCGAUAUAAACUGAACUCGUGCUCUUUUAUUUACUUGCCUACAUUUGACUACGUUCUCGCUUUAUGUUCACCUGAACUGGCCUUUAUUAAUAAGCAAUUUUUUCAUCUUCAAACAAUUCUAGUUUUACAACUAGUAUUCAACUUGAUGGGAAGGACAGACGAUAAUCUGCUCUUCUCCACUUACAUGGCACCAUGAAUACAGUUUAAAUUUGCUCAUGACUUCGCUAAACAAUAAGGGCUAUUUCGCAACGUUUCUGUGUUCGUGAUUUUCCUAUAACCGAAAAGCUCACUAAUGCGUGGAAAAACCUUAUAAUUUAAGUUAAUUCCGUGAGUCAUCAUAUCAUGAAAGCUCUGUAAGUCAUAUUAAGUGAUAGAGUUGUUAGACAAAACACUGAAUCUCAUCGUGACUCGUCCACUGCGCUACCUAGUUGGACAAAGUCAAAUAACUCAACCAAAUUAAGUUUCUGAAAAGAUUUUAAGUAAUAGGACCCCACUAAAGGAUACUAUGUGUGUGCAACUUUCCAGUCAAAUUGGAUUGUUUAAAAUUAUACAACACUAGGAGCUGCUAUGAUACCAGCAUUCAAAACACUACUAAUUCUUCUACCUAUAAUAUCUGGAAUAUAAGCUGUGUAUCAUAAUAUUCCAAAAUAUUUGAGUCCUAUAAAUAACUAACAAAGAAUUAGAUUUUUUCAUCGGCAUGCCUUUUAUUUGUCAAAAAAAAAGUAUUUUUAACGUACUAAAUUUGGUCAACUGUUUUCCUCAUUUUCAUUCGAACCUUUCAAGUCAUCAUUUUUAUUUACUGUUUUUUUUUCUCUUAAAGCACGUGUUUAGGGCUUUCCAAGGCUCCUGAAGUUCCCCAAUGGUUUUGUCCAAAGUGUUCACAAAAACCAUUACCACCAAAUACACUUAUAAAAUUGUCAAGUAAAGAUUCUGUUUCUCAUCUUACAAAAGGCAGCUCACGUGGUUCUGUAACCUCUCACCCGAAAGUUAAACACUCUAAACGUGAAUCAGGGUCUAGAAAUCCUAAACACAAACCCAAACGAUAAUCAUAAUAUUUUGAACAAUCAUCUCAACCACUAGCUGCCUUUUAUCUAUUUUUGCUCUUUGUACAUAGUUGUAUAUUGUAUCCAGAUAAAAAAUUAUUAAUUUUGCUGAUUUUUACUGUUGGACUUGUAAUUAAUUAAAAUUUCAUCAAAACUAAAUCACUUUUGGAUUACUAUGCACUGUUUUCUAAAAUGUUAAUAAAAAUCCAAUAUCUGAAGUAAGUGAUGGUUUAUUGUAUAGAAAAUUGUAAGUUGUAGAUCACUAGUUGUGCUGUGUUGAAAUGAAUCUGAGAUUUUCUAAAUCCUAUUGUAAUCGGUAAAGUACGUGCUAUAUCUUACUUCAUAAAGCUUAUUUCUUUUUGUUUAAUAUUAUAGAAUUUUAUACAUUAUAUACGAACGUUUAUACUUGUGUGUGAUCCGUUUUAUACCCGUGGUACCAUAUUCGUAAAGCUUUCGUUGUGCAUACCUCUGUUUGGUGACAGGUCAUACAUGAUUGCUUAUAGGAUUUCCAACCUCACUGAGAACUGGGAUACUUGUUAUUCAGGUGGCUUGGAGAUAGUGAUUAAUUGAAGUGUGACUGAGGGUCAGUUGGACUGUUCCCUUGAGUGUUCUGCCCAUCGGCCGGGUCUCUUGAAUCGGAGGUGGAUAAUGGUCCUUUUUUGUGGGAUAGUCUCACUAACAGUUGGAUGUGUAAUACUUGUUUCCUUGAUAAGUUUGAAUAGUUGUCUACUAUUGCUUGUCGCCGUUGCCUUUUCUAUCAUUUUUGACUAUUCUACCCACCACUACUCAUGAUCAUUGGGAAGACUUUAUUAACUUACUUUCAGAUUACCUCCAACCCUUAUGGUAUUUAGAGCUAGGCGAGCUGAGUAGUAGUUAUCACUACUGUUUCCACAGAUGUUCAGAUAAUAUCCUAUUCUCCUUCGAUAUGUAUUUUGUAUUCAUGUUAUUUUAACUGCUUCUCUGGUUGCUCCGAAAAUAUUUUCUAGACUUUUAUUAUAACAUUGAACUGUUACAAUAUAUCUUGCCGUGUCUUUUUAUUAUCCUAUAAGACGCAUAUUAACGAUGACUGCAUACUCUUCCAUUCUUGAUUUCGUAGUCUACGUUGCAAUAAUGUAUUGGUAGGGGUAAUUUUUAAAAACGUUUUACAUUUUAACCUCAUUAGUUUUACUGGACACACUACUAACUGAAAGAGAAUGGGCGAACAUGCAAAGUGGAUCAAGUACCAACAGGCUCUAUAGUGCAGCUCUUCCGUUAACUAGCCAUUUAAAAGUUAAGCACUCGAAUACAUUUGUCCUUAAUAAAAAUAUGUUUCGUCAUACUUUUCCUUAAAUUUCGUAUCUGUUUCCUUUAGUGCUGGAUGCCUAUUCAUAGUUUUUGUGACAUCUAUCGUAUACUAGGUUUUCUCAAAUAGACUUAUUACAUUGGUCUGAAAUAGCAUGCAUUUUUCACCUACAAUGGUUCAUCAAAUAUAUGUGCAUUAUGAUGUGUUUUCUUGGGUCAAUGUCUUUAUUUAUUCGUCUCUGUUACUGUCAGUUGAAGCAAAGGGUUGAUAUUCGGCUGUAGCAUGAAUAUUUUUAUCGUGCUAGGCAUAGAUUUGGAAAACACUUCAUAUUUCCGUGAUAGCAAUCGAUUAGCAUUUCAAAGACCGUUGACUUGUCAGAGAUAUUCUUUAAUUAACCAAAACUUCGCAAUACUCAAAACCUCGACAGUAAGAUGCUCUUCUAUUACUCAGUAGAAAGUCAACAUAACUCUAUAGGCCCAACUGAUACGAGCUUCAGUCUAAGUGUUUUGUGCUCGUAAAUAAUUAUUCAUGAAAUUUUAACCUUGAUAUAUUGGUUCCAGAGUAGCACACCCACCUGUUUUACUUAUGUUAUCCAGUCGGACACCUAAACAUCUAACCUAAUCUGUAUAGGCAUAUUUUUAUCAAGCAUUUCGACUAAUUUAUUUAACCGUCAGUGUCAUUUAGUCUGUAACAAUUAGUUUAUAUAUUUGUAUAACCAUAAUCAUGUUUUUAUGAGCAUAUAUGCCUGACCAUAUGUAAAAGCCGAAAUCUCUGGGUGACUCAUUCGUUUCCUUAUAUACCUGCUUCUUAAAUCAAUUCAUUGAUCCACAUACACACUCGCAUUUUUGUUUAUCCAGGUUUAAAUUUAGCAAACCCUUUAAGUAUUUUAUUUAACAGUUUCAUUUUUGUCGCUAAAAAUCCUUUAUUAUCUCUAUGCUUCUAUAACUAUGGGCGCGUGGUCACGUUUUUCAACCUACACGUAUUUCCCAUACAGUUUUAAAUCUCGGUUGCUUAAACUGUUCGACGACUCAUUCUCUUUCCCAUGUAAUUGUACUUCCCAAAUCCUGUUACUUUAUUCCCACGUUCGUGUUCCUGCUCAUUUGUAUGUCUGUUCGUGUAGGCUUCGCGUGCUUGCGGCUCUGUGACCUGCUCUGUACAGUAAUAAACUAUAGUUGCCGC